CACACGCACACACGCCCGCUCGCGCUCUGGACCAAGGGAUAAACUUUCAGAGUAGAGUUUAGAGAUAACUUUAGGUUUUUGGCCGGUUCUCCAUAUGAAACAGUAGGUGUCACCUGUUGUUAUCGUUAGAAAUAUGGAGGAGAAAUGAGUUGAUAGAAGAAGUGACAAGGAAGAAUCGUGAGGAGGAAACAAACAAACCUGAAAUGCAGUUGAUGGAUGUGACCCCACUUGUCAAUAUGGGACUUUAACUGACCUACAUCCGAGAGGAAAGAACUUGUUCAUCUUCAGAAUGAUCCUGAAAGGAAAGUGCUAAUGCUUCUGCUCAAUGUCCUGUUUGUGAAAUGGGCCUAUAUUUCACAAAGAUCAAAGACUUCUGUGGUGAGAUGAACACUGUCGUGACUCAAGGCUGACAAGGACCUUGAGCAAAAAUAUCAAGCAUUAGUGGUACCCAUCACUUGCCACAAUGCCCGGCAAAUCUGAAGAUGGGACGCGAAGGAACGGGAGUGUCGCUCCAUUGCAAGACCCUUUUCAGUUGGGCAUUGUAAAUGACUGCAGCAAUGAGUGGAACAGUGAAGGUGGAGUACUAGAGAUGGAACAUCUCAAGCCGCCUGCAGAAGCACAAAGCUCGCAGGUUUCUCAGGAGUUUGAGGAUGGAAAAGCUGUUCUGACCUCUGAACACCCCAUGGUCAACAUUAAAUCCAUGGAUGAUGACAAUAAACCCAUGACCAAGUUAAAAUCGGAACCUCAAAAAGACAUUGAUAGCUUAUCUCAAACGAAUAGUGACUGGCAUUACAGCAUCAUAAAAACAAGCCCCGAUUUAACCUGUAGUGAUUCCAGUAUUGACCUCUGUGUGGAUUCCAGUGACCUGAAGGGAAACUCCUUUGAGAAGAAAAGACAGCCUGGCACAGAGGAUAGUCCAGACCAAAGCACUAAAACUUUGCCUGGUGAUAAGCAUGGUAUGAGCAGCAUUUCAUACGACCCCCCAAAAACCUCAACCCGGGAAUAUAGACCAAGGGAAUCUGUGAACAGCUGGCAAGAGGAUGACGAAGAAGAAGAAGAAGAUUGGCAAAGCUUUAAAUCUGGACGCAGUGUUGUUGAUGGAGUGUGCUGCUGCUACCAAGCAGUCCACAGAGCUUUUCUGCGAUGUGUGGAGGAGACUCCAGCAAUGCUUUCAGGCCUGGUGUUGUCAUUGGUCUUCUGUGUGGCCAUCAUCGUCCUGAUUCCUGCGACCGGAAGGAAUAUUGACGUCCAUGUAGGAGCUUUGUCGGUGGUGUGUAUUGUCCUGUGUCUGAGUGCGAUCCUGCUCAUCUGCCUACCGUGGUUGGCCACAGUGAGGCGCUGUGGAGGAGCACUGGCUCUUUUUGUCUGGGGGACCCUUUACGUCACCGCGAUUGUCUUCAUCUUCACUGGAGGCCCAGUGACCGCUUGGGAACAAGUGGCAUUUUUCCUGUUCCUGUCUCUCAGUGUGUACACCGUGCUGCCUCUCUCACUGGCGUGGGCUCUCAUGGUUGGGAUUGGAACUAGUGUUUCACACAUCAUCAUUAUCAGUGUCUACGUCCCCGUCACCAGCCCAGAGACACCAGAUUUAGCUGUGCAGCUGGUUGCUAACGCCGUCUUAUUUUUGUGUGUCAAUUGUAUUGGGAUUUUCCACCUCUGGAUGACGGAGCACAACCUCCGGGUUUCUAACCAGAAACGGGAGGAGUUCAGUGCAAUACGCUCCCAAAAGGAAAUAAGAAAAUAUCAGCAGGAGCAGCUUCUCCUCUCUAUCCUGCCACGGUACAUUGCCAUGGAGCUGAAAACAGAGGUGAUAAAGAGACUGACCGAACCAAAGAGUGAUAAAGAGAAGGAGCAAAACUCCAACAAUUUCCACAGUCUGUACAUACGGAAACAUAAAGACGUCAGCAUCCUGUAUGCCGACAUCGUGGGCUUCACUAAGCUGGCCAGUACCUGUUCACCUGAAGAGCUCGUCGCAGUGCUCAACAAGCUCUUUGGACGGUUUGACAGCAUUGCAAAGAGAAAUGGUUGUCUUCGCAUUAAGAUCCUUGGCGACUGCUACUACUGUGUCUCUGGACUUCCCGACCCAAUCCCAACUCAUGCCAGAAACUGUGUUCAAAUGGGGCUUGACAUGUGCACUGCUAUCAGUAAACUUCGAGAAGCAACAGGAGUGGAGAUCAGCAUGCGGGUGGGUGUCCACACUGGAAAUGUGCUCUGCGGGGUGAUUGGCCUGCAGAAGUGGCAGUAUGAUGUAUGGUCACAUGACGUUACAUUAGCCAACCACAUGGAGUCUGGAGGCCUUCCUGGACGGGUUCACAUCACAGAGGAGACACUGCGGCAUUUGAAUGGAUCCUAUCGGGUCGAAGACGGAAACGGGGGAUCUCGUGAUCCUCUUCUUACAGGGAGAAAAACGUACCUGGUGAUUGAUCCUAAUAAGCCAUACGGUAUGGCCCGAAAAACCAAACCAGCAAGCACUCUGGUAGCCGGGGAGUCCCGACAGCGGGCGUCUGUGAAAAUGUCCCAGUACCUGCAGUCGUGGCAAACCAUCCACCCCUUCGCCGAUCUGAGUAAUCCUGAUGCCCGACGCUCCAAGAGGAAAAUCCGGCCUCCACGAAUCGUGACUCACUCUCAAAUUGAUGAUGAUGAUGUUUUUUGCGAUGAUAAUGCCAGUCGCCUGGUGGUCCAUAGUGGUGUAAGAAAAUCACUUGAUACCCUGAACCCUGUGAGCCGUAGAGCAAAGAAGCUCAACUGUUUGACUCUGCUGUUCAAUGACUUCAAGCUGGAGAAGCAGUUCCGCUUUUCGGAGGUGAAAGGCUUGCAUCACUCCAUGAGUUGCUUGGCGUUGAUCUUCGUGACUCUAUUCGUAGUCCAGAUGCUGGUAUCGGAAAAGAAUUUUGAGAUGGCAGUGUCCUACGGCGCAACAUUCCCAGUGCUGGUGCUCCUUCUGUCCAUCACUUUUACUGGACAUUUGAAGAAAUGGCACUCCAAAAUGCCAGCAGGCAUCCAGUGGAUAUCUGGCCUGUCCCAGGGUGUCUCCGCACGUGCAGCAGUGCGUGUAUUUGUUGUCUGUCUGUGUUUACUCAUCACCCUUCUGAUGGCAAUCCUCAACUUUCUCUUCCUACCAGGAAAUAACUGCACCGCAACAGUUGACAAGAAGGAGCUGCAGAGCCUCAAACUCUACACUGUGCCUUAUUACUUGUACUGUUGCCUGCUUGCCAUGCUGGGGGUGAUCGUCUUUAUCAAGAUUUGCAUGUCGGUGAAGACGCUGCUUCUAACGCUGGCUGUGGUCGUUUACCUGGCCCUCUUCAUUCACGUGUACGCACCGCGGUCCUACUGCCUGGUCAACAUGCUGUACAACGACACCAAGCCAGGAGUUCUCAAAGAUCCUCAGAUCAUGUCAGGGGUGUGGCUGGUCAUUUUCUAUGUCAUCUGCUUGAUACUAGCCAGACAGGACGAGUUAAGCUGCCGUGUAGACUUCCUGUUGGAAUGUUGCUUUCACAUGGAGCGCGAGGAGAUGGAGACAAUGGAGAAUGUCAACAAGCUUCUGCUGCAGAACGUCCUGCCACUGCACGUUGCCUCUUUCUUCAUGGGCAAAUCUAUACGCAACCAGGACCUGUACAGCCAGUCAUAUGAGUGUGUGUGCGUGAUGUUUGCAUCUGUGCCUCAAUUCAAAGAAUUCUACAGCGAGAGCAGCGCCAACAGGGAUGGUCUGGAGUGUUUGCGCUUCCUCAAUGAGAUCAUUGCAGACUUCGAUGAGCUUCUUUCAAAGCCCAAAUUUUCAUCGGUAGAGAAGAUCAAGACUAUUGGCAGCACCUACAUGGCAGCAGCAGGACUGACACACUCAGGGACAGAUGAGCGAAAGAAGGUUGACAUGUCCUACAGUCACGUUCGCGCCAUGGUGGAGUUUGCGUUUGCCCUCAUGAAUAAAUUGGAGUUGAUCAACACGCACUCCUUCAACAGCUUUAAACUUCGGAUUGGGAUUAAUCAUGGUCCUGUCAUUGCUGGAGUCAUCGGAGCUCAUAAACCUCAGUAUGACAUCUGGGGCAAUUCUGUGAACGUGGCUAGCAGAAUGGACAGUACAGGAGUGCUGGACAAAAUCCAGGUGACAGAGGAGACCGCACAGCUGGUCCAGAGUGUGGGCUACAACGUCACACUGCGAGGUGUGGUCAAUGUUAAAGGAAAGGGGGAGCUCACAACGUACUUCGUCAACUCUGACCAGUCCUCUCCCCCGUUUUGAAAACAUUAAGAACUGGAAACAAAUAUGGUGUGCCGUGUUUGUGGCAGGCAUUCAUGAAGAAACUGUGACACUUUUGGAUGCCGCCUGGUUCUCCAGUAUCAAGAAGUGAUUAAAAAAAAGCUGCCUCAAUGCUGAAACCUUACUGGAACUCUGCACUGAUGCAACAUAUUGCACAAUGACCUGUGAAUGACUUCUGUUGGAAGAGAGGAUGAAGACGUUUUUAACUCAUGUAUCAUCUGAGAAUGAUGUACUGUCUGUACUGUAUUAUUGUGAUGCUUGAAUUGUGUUUGUUGUCCUUUGUUUGUGUUGCAUUGAUAGGUUCUGAUUUCCACAGUAUGUCUGUUUUUCACUACUUUGUCACUACUCAGUCACUUUUUAAGUUUCUUCAGUCACGUCUCUGUUCAAUGGCAAGGCUUUCGUUUUCUUCUGAUCAACCAAGCACCUUUUCCAGUGGCAGUUUCAAACUUUGCUGAGCUUGUCAGGUCAUCCAACAUCAAGUAAACAUAUUUAGAUCACUCAGUUCUGUUAGUUAAACAGAACUGACUUACGUUUCCUGGAAGAGGUUGAACUGACCCCAACUCUGAUACCUAACCAGCUGUAGCAUCUCUUACACCCAAUGAUCUAGUCUGCGUUUUUGCACUGCCUAAAACUGCAAUAAAUAUUGCAAUAUUGCAGAGUUACAGCCUGAUGUUGCGGUGACUUGAUAAUGGUCAACUCUUGUUCACGUUGCACUUUUAAUUAUGUCUUAUUUAUGAGUUUUUUUAUGCGUCGUGUACAAUUUGAGUUACAGUGAAUGUCUUUUGUGUACAAGUUGAAAUAUUUUAAUUAAAAACAAAG